AUGAGUGAGUGCCUGAAGUUCCAAGAUUAUGGUAAACAAACUUAUCACAAAAUUUCAUUUGGAUUAUAUCAUUUGCGCAGCAGAGCAUCUUCAUUGUCACUGUCAUUCUUAACUUGCCGGGAUGUUCCGGCCAAUAGCGAAUCCACUUUGCUAAAAGCAGUUGCCAACCAACCAAUAUCCGUUGCCAUUGAUGCUAGUGGCUCGGAUUUCCAAUUCUAUUCAAGCACCGGAGAAUGUGGAACUGAGUUGGAUUACGGUGUUACUGCAGUUGUUUACGGAAAAAUUAGUGAUGGUACUAAAUAUUGGUUAGUAAAGAAUUCACGGGGAAUAAGUUUGGGUCAGAAUGGAUACAUAAGAAUGCAAAGAGACGUUGAUGCUGAGGAAGGACUUAGUGGAAUUGCUAUGCAAGCUUCUAAUCCAACUGCUAAUUAGAUGCUUGAGAAGCUAGUUUAGGGGGUGCUGUUGAUUAUUCUGUAAAGAUUAAUGAUAUGCACUCUUAUCAUAUAAUUUAUGUGUGUGUAUCUAGAGUCUAUGUAUGUUACAGACUCGCAGUUUGUAUAUUGUAAGUGUUGAACAAAAGCUUGUAUAUAUGUAAAAAUAUUUGUAAAAUACGAGUAAUGAAAUUAUGUUCUCUUAGAGACCGUUUGUUCCAAAAGACUGAAUGGUGCAACGCUAGACUUAAUGUUAGGUUGAAAUAAUGACAUAGCUGACAAAAUAAUCAAGGUC